AUGAAGUAUUAUAACGAAAGGAGACCAAAGAGUAAAAAAAUGCGAUUUCUGUGGAUCGAACACAGGACCUUCAGAUUAACUGUGACUGGAGUUGAACUUCAGUCUGACGCUCUCCCAACUGAGCUAAAACCGCAAUAUAAACCCACGGCGGGAGUCGAACCCGCAAUCUUUUGA